AUGUCCUUGAACGCGUUCCCUGACGAAGUUAUCGUCAAGAUUUGUGCCCACCUGGAUUUCCAGAGCAAUGCGAACCUGCGGCUGAGUAGCAAGCGCCUGUCACAGGCUGGCGGCGAAGCCCUAGUCAAGAGAGUUCGCUUCCACUGCGCCGAGCAGUCGCUCAAACGUUUCCAUGCCAUUGCUCACGACGCUGUUCUCAGCAAAUAUGUCGACACCAUUGUAUUCGAAGCCAAUCUCCUAGCUACCAUACGCUGUGUCCAUACCUUCCAAGCUCACUAUCAUCUUGAGGACCACGACAGACCUCGGCCACCUCCUCACGACGCCUCAGUUCGUGAGAAGAGGCUAUACGAGCGCAAUGUCGCCAAGUUCAAUCUGGCAAUCAAGAAGAAAUACGACCGCUAUCUGGCCCUUUACGACACGCAGCAGAAAUUUCUCUCGUCUACCAUCUGCAGCGAGAUGAUAGAUCCAAGCAUGCUCUGUUUCCCGCGCCUGACCAAGGUUGUUCUCUCCACUGUUGGCCGUUGCAAGCAUGUUCUCUCUGGCAGAUUCAUGGAGUCAUUCGCUCCCGACGUAACAAUGCCGAUCGGGUUGGAUAGCAAGCAUACAAAAGACCAGCUCCGGCAUCUUCUGUUUCCCAGUGGCCAGCCACUGACCGGUCUCAAAGCUCUCGAAGUCCGCGUCCUGACUCCAAAAUUUUUCUCGGGCUUUCUUCCAAGUGAUAUGCUGUGCCUCGCAUUCCAAAAUCUCAGAAUCAUCGACCUUGAUUUCCGUCUCGAGAAGGAUGAUUUUACUCCCCUUCAGCGCUCGAACAUAAGACAACAUUAUGCAGAUUUGGCGAAUGGUCUCCUUCGCAAUGCUCUCUGCGCAGCAAACGACCUGGAGCAGCUUACCGUCAACUUCGACGACGACGGUUACCACGGGUCUGUUGCUGACCUCGACAAAAUCCUGGGCAACAAGGCGUGGCCCAAACUUGAGAUGCUCAACAUUGACUGCAUGUCCACGACCGAGGAUGAGCUAAUGGACCUGCUGAACCGCCAGCCUUCACUGAAAGAUCUCCGACUGGGCUUCAUGCACCUCCGGGAAGGUCGUUGGCUGUCAGCCACCACCUCGAUGCGAAAGGAAUUGAAGUUGCAUGACUUCAUCCCAACAGGCAUUUUUGAAGACUCUGGACAGAUGUAUCCCAUGCAUCAUCUGGACGGCGACGCCUACACGGAGGACUUCAGCCACAUUAGCUUGGGAGAGGCUCUUGGAUUGUGGGUCGUGCAUGGGACCAAAUCCCCAGGUGGAAACGAGUAUCAUCCAUUGCUGGAUGAUAAUUUCACCGAUCCAGACGAACUCCGAGACCAGUACGGGCCGUUUAUGGAAGACGGAGAAUUCAGCGACUCGGACAGCGACUCGCACAGUGACAUGGACUGCGACAGUGACUAG